CAAAAAAAUGGGACAAAACCAUUCAGGUGGAUCAAAUUCUGUGGGUGGAAUGGGAGGAACACUAGUUGGAGAUCAAUACAAACCACCAGAUCGUACCACAAACAAUCUAGCUUCCUCCUUUCAUACCAAAGAAUCCAUCAAAAUUCAACAGCAGCAACAACAACAACCCGAUUCAAAUACAAACAACAAUAAUACAUCGUCAGGUAAUCUUGUUCUGAUAGCAGCAUCCAACACUUCCGAUGCCUUGCUCAUGUCCAUCGCAGAGUUAGUCAUUGUUCUCCAACAAUUGGGUGAGAUUCAUCUCGUUGUCUUGCUGGAGGAAAUUUCUCGUCACUACUACGAGAUUCAAAUUGGAGGCAAUUUUUCUUCUCUGGAAGCAAUUGCUGCUGCUAACAAUAACACACAAGGAAAUGGCGCCACUUCUCCAACACAAAAUUUACAGGGUGGUGGCCCUCUCGCCAGUACAUCAUUUAAAAAUGGCGCCACUGGAAAUUAUGGCAACUCGAAUGUAGAUAAUGGUCUGAAGAAGUACAUUAAUUGUGCCAAGUAUACUCCCACUUGGUUGGAAGAUGAGGGUGUAUUUGGAGGUGGUGGUGGUAUCGGAAGUGGAUCGAUUGGUAGAGGGAGUAGAAUUAGUAUUGGAGCAACAUCAGGAAAUAAUGGCAUGGAUGAAGAUGAUAUGGAGGAGGAUUAUGGUGUAAAUUAUAAUACGGAUUCUGCUUUUCAGGUCUGGUUGAUUGCAUUGAAGGAUAGACAAUUACCGAGAUUUAAGAGAAAAUUGGAAAAGUUAUUUGUGGAUAAUAGUGGAGGAGCAAGGAAGGUUGCCUUCUCUUUCAAUGUACAAAUGUCAACCUCAUCGACAAAUAGUUUGAGAAGAGCUUCUUCAUUCCUACACGCACAAACUAAUCCAAAAACUAAUUAUGUCAUUGAUAUGGAUAGUAAGCAGAAAUAUUUUGAGGUGAGGUCAGAGAUGGAAAUUAUUCUCACUCAUACUCUUGAGGAAAUUAAAGAUUUGAAAGAAUGUUUGGAUGCAAAGAGAAAAAUCGAAGGAGGAACAUCAAGUACCAGUGGAGCUGAUGUUGCCGAUGUUUCGGUUCUCCUUCAAGAUUUUGAUUUUGAAUGUAGUUGGUGGGAGAAGAAGAUUGGCUCCUCCAAUUUCAGUGUCAAGAAGAAGGCAUUUAUUGAUGCCAUUGAAGAAACUUUUGCUCACUUGAAAGUCAAGUUUGAAAUUGAGGUUUUGGAAGAGAUUUCAGAUCCAACUUGUGAUGGAGUUGUAAGUGUGACAGAUUUGAAAACUCUCACUAGAUGGUUGGGCAGUAUUUACAAGUGGAAUACUGACGAAUUGAAAUUGAGAAAUAUUGCUGGAAAAGAAGAUGCUGCACCAGUUAUUUUCCUUCCUCAUUUUUGGGGUUCAGUGACAUGUUACGAUGCACAAGAUAUUUUACAAAAGGAAGAACCUGGAACGUACAUUAUUCGUUUCAAUGAGAACGAGCCUGGGCAUUACUACAUUUCAUGUGUUCAGGAAAAUGUUGUGGAAAAUGAGGAGACUAGCUCAAAUACUGGAUUUUUUGCCACUCGUCAAGUGUAUCACUUUGUAUUGAAGAGAGGAAAAACUGAGAAGGGAGAACCUUACUAUUACUUGUCCGAUGCUGAUAAGAGUCACAAAUUCAAGACCAUUACUGAGCUACUUGAUAAGAAUUACUUUUUGACAUUCAAAUAUCCAUAUGUCAAUGACGAUCUCAAGUCUGCAUUUGUUUCAAAGAAGAGAGAUGUCGAUGUCUUUGGUGCAUUGAAGAGUUUAUCAGGAGAGGGUGAUGAUUUGAAUCCUUAUCCAUUUGUUGUAUAUAAGGGAAAGUUCAAUGUUAAUGAAAAGAAGAAGGAAUCAGACAUGAAAAAGAUUGCCAAUUUAGCUAAAAAGACUACUGAGCCGUCAUUGGGCAAUCCAGUCAAUAAUAAUUCAUCCUCAAGCAUUAAAGAUCAAGAACCAGGUAUGGUACGAGUGGAUUCCCUCAAUUUACCACUGAGUAAUAGCAAGGAAGAAACUUUAGAUUUAUCUGAAUAAAUACUUCAGAAGAUUCAAUGUAAAUAGAUUAAGUAUAUUCAAUUAAACAGAAAAGUUUG